AUGUCACAAGGCUCCUCCGACGGCCCCGAGACGGAGACUUACUCAACCUCCUCGAAAUCUGAUAAUGAACAGUUUCUAUGGCAGGACUCGGAUAGCGUGAGCCGCGAUUACCAAGAGACGCUGUCAAAAACUCUCUCAGGCAUCAUACUGCCCGUGGCUGCAGCAAAUGAUGGACUUCCAAGUCAGGCAUCGCCCCGCGCCAAUGCAAGCUCCACUGUCCCAGCACACAACAGCCGUCGUUUUGUCGGAUGCGUGGCUUCCGCCCAGAAACAAAGACAUCUGGACAAGGAACGCAGGGUAAACGUUCUCGAUCUAGAGGAGAACUUUCGUGUGACCGCGCUGAGUCCUUUGCACAAACCUUUCGGCCAGCAAGAGACCGUACACUCGACUCCGAAGGAGACUCAAUGGCGUCAAAAAGUUCACGGCGAAAAUGCGAGUAAGUUUACAGUUCAUUUCAUGUUCAUUGAGAGAAAGAUAGACAAACGCCUUCGAACUCCCAUUAGUUGUAAAAUGCCCAAUAAAAAGCACUGAUCAGUGGAAAAGUGAGAAGCGACUUUUUUCAAUAACUGCACGCCGUGAGAGAUAGCGGUCUCUAAUUAUAAAAGGUAAACAUAAACAUCUACUGCAUUAUUACAAGUAGUAUAAUCUCGGUGGCUGACUGUGUGGGCGUGGCUGGUACUUGUGAAAUGUGAUGCAUGCCGAAUUCGCAUUUAAAUGAACCCACACAGAAUUAGAGAACGACAUCAGUAGGCGGGGAGUUCCGCGCUGCGCGCACUCCAUUACUGAAGAAAAACCUGCGUCUACUGAUUCUUACUUUAUCUGUGCGUAGUUUUAGGGGAUAAGCACAAAAAUUGGACGCACUAGUCUGAGUGAAAUAAUCACUAGGGGCAAAGCAACAGUCCAGGCCAUUCAUAAUGCGGAAGGUUAGUAUGAGAUCACCUCGUAGUUGUCUGCAGGAAAGUGGACACAGUUUAUGAGCUGACAGCCCGUUUUAAUAGGGCUGUGUUCCCAGACUUUUGGGUACUUUUGUUGUCCGCCUCUUCUCCUUCUCUAAAACGACACAAUCGUUUGCAGACUAAGCUUCUGAUGCCUGUAUGGCGUAUUAUAGCUGCGGCCGCACAAAGAUUGCAAAUAUUUUGGAGAAGCCGACUUUGCCAGACCCCAUAAAGGCUCUUCAGAUAAGUUGCAAUAUGGACAUGACAGACUUGACCGCCUUCGAGCACUUCAGUGUUGGUUUGAGUGAAGAUGUAAUCUACACAGUUAAAUUCUUCUAACUGCCAACUCAUUGCAGUGGUGUACCGUUCAAAAGGUAAUUCCCCCGGGCUGGAGACUCUUGAACUGCUAAAUCGAAGAGCGUUGCACUUACUUGCGUUGAAAGGCAUAAUCCAACGCUUUGUCAGGCUAUUUUUUAUGCAGGAAUAAUACAAAAGUUUACCUUCUAACCAAGAACACUUAUCUUGGUCUCGGCGGCCAAAACCAUAAACAGACCCUAACCUGUACGAUAUUCGGGUGAGAUCGUGAGUAGGAGGAGGGAAAGUGGGAGGUCAGUAGAUGGAGAAAUGUCUAGGCUGAAGGAACAAAAAGUUGGAGCAAGUCGGCAGUUCGGCGGGAAAAGCGCCCGUCCAGUGAUGUCAGGGAAGGCAUCCAAGUGGCCUUAGAGAGAGCAUGUCCGCGUCAACCGCGAAUUUGCUUGGUUGGUUUGGAUGGCUGAGUUUGGCCGAAAACCACAUGGAGCCUCUCAGUAUCGGGUAUCGACCAAACACGGUGAUGGCGCCCUACAGGGUCUUUAGAAGGUCGGACGAUCGACAACCGCUGGUGCGUACGUAUAAGCAUGCGCCAAGACAGAGAAGCAAUGUUGUCUCAGACGCCGUAUCCCAAGCGAGAUACCAGCGAACUGAACAUAAAACUUGUUUAUCCGCCUCUUACGUUUCAUGCCGGAGCUAUACGGUCAAAAUACUCGUUUCAAGUUAACAUCCUUGGAGUAAAUUACUUCAUUGUAUCUACUGUUUGUUGCAAUAAGUCUCCUGCUGUUGCUCUGAGACCCUUAGUACGUUUGUCUAUAUCCCCUGACAGACGUCGAUGAUGUGACUUACGCGAGACCCAGAUUUGAUGGCGUCCUCUCCCGCUCUGAAUCCGAGGCCAGUUUUUGCAAGGAUUGUCAUGCCGAGGAUACCCAGCACCACACCGACAUCUACCAGUCCCAUCUGCGCAGCAUUUUGCACGAACUGCGUUCAAUCACCCGAAAAAUGCGUGCCGACGAGGCGGAGGAGGCAGUGCGCAAGGAGUGGAAGUUCACUGCUCGAGUCAUCGAUCGUUUCUGCCUCGUCAUCUUCAGUAUCGUCAAUCUUAUAAGCACAUUCUGUAUUUUCUUUUCUGCUCCGCAAAUUAUAGAGUCUUUCCGAGCCUGA